GUGUGUUCGUUGAAUAAGCCGUUCAAGUGCACGUGGUAAGAACUGUCAAAAAUGCCGGUUUGUUGAUUGUUGUUAUGGCUCGGUGAUAAAUUCUUCAUCAAAUAUUGCUCACAAUGAAAGUAAGACCCCAUAAAAACGUGCGCCAAGGCAAGGUGGCAGGAAAGCAUGGUCGCGGAGGAGCAAACCAACCUAAAACCCGCAAGGAUUUGCGCAAGGAAAAGCGACAGCAGAAGAAGCUCAAUCGUUUCAAUUACCACAAUCGCAGCAGAAAAGACCGGCAUGAGAAUGGUAGAGGAGGCUUUCAAAAGAGUGCUCCGCAGCAAGAGUCCGAAGACGAGCUGGCGGAAGAAGAGAUUGACUCGGACUUGUGCUCGGGCGGAGAGGAAGAAGAGCAAAGCGGUAAACCCGUGACGACUCAGCUGGAUAUCGAACGCGAGAAGGAAAUGAUGGAGCUGCGCCAGUACGAGGCGAGCCUGAAAAACAAACGGAUCGAGCAGCUCGAGGCCGCGAAUGAAGAAGACGAUCGGGUGAUUAAAAAGUACGAAAAGUUGCUCAACAUCAAUCGGCGCAAAAACAAAGAAGGCGUGCCGAAGAGUUUCAACGAUGGCUUAGAUUAUGCGCUGGAUCUGUGCACCGAUGAAAGUAUCCGCAAAAUGUACGAAGCAGCAAAGGAGGCCGCGGAGUUGGAGGAAAAUUCGUCGGAUGAGUUUGCCGAAGACUUGCAACACGCCGUCGGGGCCCCUUUGAAUGGCAAGUCUGGAUCGAGGCCGAAAGAGGAUGACCACGAUACGGAACGCAUUUCGGAGACUACCAAUAAAUUGUCCCACAAAGAGAAGCGUCGAGUAGAGAACCUUAAGAAAAUAGAGGAGAAAUAUCUUGGCCUGGACGAAAUGGACGAUUUGGGAGCCUACGAUUCGGAGUUGGAGCUGGAACUGGAUGACCGUGACGGUGAAGAGUCGGACUACACCGAGAACGACGAACUCUAUUCGGGAUCCGAUGGUGAUGGAAUCGAGGAACCAGACCAAGGAGAGAGCACCGAGGAUGAGCUGGACGGACCGGAAAGUAAAAAGAGAAAGGUUAAAUUCACGCUCGAUAGAAAGGGUAAGAAAUCGACUGAUAAAAAGCAAAUCACAAGUAAAAAAUCCACCUCCGAGCAAGGUUCUUCUGAAGAGGAUGAAUCGAACCAUCCCGGACGUUUCGUCCUGCUAAAAUCGAGCAAAAAAUCACAAAAAGAAGUGAAAAAUAAGAAAUCCUCCGUACGGGUUGUGACGGAAGAAGAACUAGAAUCCGACGACAGUUUCGACGACGAAGAUGGGGAUGAUGAUGGAUUGGAUGAUAUUCUCGAUGGUUUAGAAUCGGAUGCGGAUUCUGAACGGGGUGAUCCAGCCCCACCGGCAAACGAUGGCACCUGGGAAGACAUUUAUGGCCGCAAGCGAGACAAAGCGGGAAAUGUGAUCAAAGAGGAUCCGGCUGCUGGUGUAUUGGGCAAUAAGUACGUUCCGCCACAUUUGCGUGCGAAGCUCGAAGCAUCCAAGGCGGGUACCUCGACGGAUCCGAAGCAACAGGAAAAAUUGUUGCGCCUCAAACGACAGCUGAAGGGUCAGGUAAAUCGACUUGCAGAAUCGAACGUACACCGAAUAUCGAUCGAACUGGACAAUCUGUACAUGCAAAACGCACGCUACGACAUGAACAGCACACUGACGAGCCUCAUACUGGACGCCAUCGUGGCACCUAGCCUCACUCCCGAGCGGAUGGUUCUCGAGCACACACUACUGGUGGCCAUUCUGCACGCGAACGUCGGCAGCGAAGUUGGGUCGCACUUUCUGGAAACGGUCGCCGAACGAUUCCUCGCACAGGCUCUAACGAUCGCCACGAUCGCCAACGAGGAGAAACAGUUGGAUAACUGUGUCCAGAUUCUGUGCCACCUGUACACGUUUGAUAUUGUCAAGGGAAAGCUUGUUUACGAGGUGCUACGGAAACUACUUGAAUGCUUCAAUGAAAAGGCCGUGGAAUGCAUUUUACUUGUGCUGCGUACGAUCGGGUUUAUCUUGCGUAAGGACGACCCACUCGCGCUAAAGGAUUUGAUCAUGGCUGUCCAAAAACAAGCGGCUUCCGCUCCGGAUGAGCUAAAGAAUGACCCCCGCGUUAAGUUUAUGCUCGAUACGCUGCUGGCGGUUAAGAACAACAACAUGAACAAGAUUCCGCAGUACGAUCCGACACUGGUGGAACAUUUCCGGAAGCUUCUGAAAGGAAUGAUCACGAGUGGAAAGUACAUCUCGACGCUGAACAUCGGCCUGCAAGAUAUCGUGAACAUUCCCGAGCGCGGCAAAUGGUGGCUCGUUGGCUCGGCAUGGCACGAUGCUCCCACUUCAGCCACGGAAAAGGGGAAAAGUACUGCUGGCCACGAUGGUACCGGUGGCGAGUUUAGCGAGCAGCUUCUUGAGCUGGCACGCCAACAGCGCAUGAACACGGACGACCGUCGCAACGUGUUCUGCAUUCUGAUGAGUGCGGAGGACUAUUUGGACGCCUUCGAGAAACUGCUGCGACUAUCGAUCAAGGACCUGCGCAUCGUGGUGUCGGUGAUCAUGCACUGUAGCCUCGCGGAGAAGGACUACAAUCCGUACUACAGCGUGCUGUCACAGAAGUUUUGCGAUUACGAUCGACGCUACCAGUUGGCGAUUCAGUUUGCACUGUGGGAUCGCCUGAAAGAGAUACACGCGCUCAAACAGCAGCAGUUGCGCAACUUAGGUCACUAUGUUACCCAUCUGAUCGCGGAAGGCGGCCUUCCGCUUUCCUGCCUCAAGGUCAUCGACUUUUCCGAUAUCGAUAAGGUAAGCCUGCGGCUGAUGCGGCAGGUGAUGCUGGGGCUACUGUUGGCAGCGGACGAGAACAAGUGUCUGCUGGUAUUCAGCCGUAUCACGGCGAGCUACAAGCUGAAAGCGUUCAAGGAUAGUCUCCGCCUCUUUAUGCACCACUUUCUGGCCCGGGGCAGCCAAACGAACCAGAAGCUACCGCAGGAACAGCUGCUGCUGUUGCAAAAUCGCAUCAAAGAAGCGGACCACCUACUGACCUCGGACGAUUCCCGAGUUCAGUUCGAUGAUGACUAACGUGACGUUGUGUACAAGAUGGUUUUGAUA